AUGCAGAGAGCUUUUGCAUCGCGGGCGCGGACUUCGGCCCUCAACCAGAGCUCCAAGCUUCGGUCGACGAGCUAUGCCAUCCAGCAGCAAAGAUUUGCCCACAAGGAGCUCAAGUUCGGUGUUGAGGGACGAGCAGCCCUUCUCAAGGGUGUCGACACACUGGCAAAGGCUGUGUCAACCACACUGGGUCCCAAGGGACGCAACGUUCUGAUCGAGUCCAGCUACGGCUCGCCCAAGAUCACAAAGGACGGUGUAACGGUAGCAAAGGCCAUCACCCUCCAGGACAAGUUCGAGAACCUCGGUGCUCGUCUGCUCCAGGAUGUCGCCUCCAAGACCAACGAGGUUGCUGGUGACGGUACCACUACCGCCACUGUUCUCGCCCGCGCCAUCUUCUCCGAGACGGUCAAGAACGUAGCCGCUGGCUGCAACCCCAUGGACCUGAGGCGAGGAACCCAGGCUGCUGUCGAGGCCGUCGUUGAGUACUUGAGGGCAAACAAGAGGGACAUCACCACCAGCGAGGAGAUCUCCCAGGUCGCCACCAUCUCCGCCAACGGGGAUACACAUAUUGGCAAGCUCCUGUCGAACGCGAUGGAGAAGGUCGGAAAGGAGGGUGUCAUCACAGUUAAGGAGGGCAAGACCACUGAGGACGAGCUCGAGGUCACUGAGGGUAUGAAGUUCGACCGUGGCUUCAUCUCGCCUUACUUCAUCACCGACACCAAGACCCAGAAGGUUGAGUUCGAGAAGCCCCUCAUCCUCCUCUCUGAGAAGAAGAUCUCCGCCGUCCAGGACAUUGUCCCCGCCCUUGAGGCCUCGCAACAGCUCCGCCGCCCCCUUGUCAUCAUUGCUGAGGACAUUGACGGCGAGGCGCUUGCUGUUUGCAUUCUCAACAAGCUCCGUGGUCAGCUCCAGGUCGCUGCCGUAAAGGCUCCCGGCUUCGGUGACAACCGCAAGUCCAUCCUCGGUGACCUUGCUGUCCUGACCAACGGCACCGUUUUCAGUGACGACCUUGACAUCAAGCUCGAGAAGGCUACCCCUGACAUGCUCGGAUCCACCGGUUCCAUCACUAUCACCAAGGAGGACACCGUCAUCCUCAACGGCGAGGGUUCCAAGGAUGCCGUUAGCCAGCGCUGCGAGCAGAUCCGCGGCGUCAUGGCUGAUGCCACCACUUCUGAGUACGAGAAGGAGAAGCUCCAGGAGCGUCUUGCCAAGCUCUCCGGCGGUGUUGCCGUCAUCAAGGUCGGUGGUUCCUCCGAGGUCGAGGUUGGUGAGAAGAAGGAUCGCAUCGUAGAUGCCCUGAACGCCACCCGCGCCGCCGUUGAGGAGGGUAUCCUGCCCGGAGGUGGUACCGGUCUGCUCAAGGCCGCUGCCAACGCAUUGGGCGACGUCAAGGCCGACAACUUCGACCAGCAGCUCGGUAUCACCAUCGUCAAGAAUGCCAUCACUCACCCCGCACGCAAGAUUGUCGAGAACGCUGGUGCUGAGGGCUCCGUCGUUGUUGGCAAACUCAUGGACGAGUACAAGGGCGACUUCAACAAGGGCUUCAACAGCGCAAAGGGCGAGUACGUCGACAUGAUCUCUGCCGGUAUCCUCGACCCCUUCAAGGUUGUCCGCACUGCUCUUGUAGACGCCAGCGGUGUCGCAUCGCUUCUCGGUACCACCGAGGUUGCCAUCGUCGAGGCGCCUGAGGAGAAGGCUGGAGGCCCACCUCCGGGUAUGGGCGGCAUGGGUGGUAUGGGAGGAAUGGGAGGCAUGGGAUUCUAG